AUGGCUAUCCUGAGACUGGAAAAUUACGUCUCCUCCACCCAAACCCAACUGUCCACAGUUCCCUUGAUCACCUUCGCCAUCAUCCUCCUAACAUUCGCAAUCCGACGCAGAUCAUCACGAUCAAAAUCCAGCACCACCAAACCAUUACCACCGGGGCCAUGGAAGCUCCCGAUCAUAGGCAACCUCCACCAACUCAUGACCUCCCCGCUGAUCCACCACCGCCUCCGCGACCUGGCCCAGAAGCACGGCCCACACCUCAUGCACCUCCAGCUCGGCGAGCUCUCCCACGUCGUCGUCUCCAGCCCGGAGGCCGCCAGAGAGGUGAUGAAAACCCACGACCUCAGCUUCGGGUCCAGGCCCAACCUCCUCGUCUCCGACCUCGUCUUGUACAGCGUCAUGGGCCCCACCAGCGACCACUGGCGCCAGAUGCGGAAGAUCAACUUCACGGGCCUGCUCGGCCCCAAGCGGGUCGCCACCUACCGCCCCAUCCGGGAGUCCGAGGUCGCCAAACUGGUCGCCGAGCUCUCUCUGCGGCGGGGCGCCGCGGUCGACGUCAGCCGGUUCCUGUCGGGGGUGUUCGGCGGGGUGACUUUCAGGGCGGCGUUUGGGAUUGUGAAGGACGUGAAGGCGGAAGCACGGUUCCUGGAGCUGGUGGAGGGUGUGACGGACGCGGUGGCCGGUUUCCAGAUCUCGAACCUGUACCCGUCGCUGAAGUUCCUCCCGACGCUGACCGGGUUCCGGGCUGAGCUCACUAGGCUGCACCUCGCGGCGGAUCGAAUGCUCGAAGAGAUCAUCGGCGAGCAGAAGGCCAAGCGGGUUGCCAGAAGGAAGGAAUUUGGGGAUGAUGAUAGUCAAGCGGCGGCGGAGGAGAAUCUGGUUGAUGUCCUUUUCAAUCUUCAGGAGAGCAGUGACCCGGCGCACCCCAUAACCAUGCACGACAUCAAAGGCGUCGUCUUCGAGACGUUCUUAGCAGGUACUGAGACAGCAACAAGACCCGCAGAAUGGACUCUCUCUGAAAUGAUUAAAAAUCCGAAUGUGAUGCAAAAAGCACAAGAAGAAGUGAGGCAAAUGUGUGCUGGAAAAGAAUUUGUUAGCGAAGAAGAUCUUCACAAACUGAAGUAUCUGGAUUGCGUUAUUCAAGAAGGUCUGAGAUUGCAUUCAUCCCUUCCAUUGCUUCUCCCCAGAGAAAGCAGGGAGAGGGAGGAGAUAUUCGGUUACGAGAUUCCUGCCAAAACCAGGAUCAUCAUCAACGGCUGGGCCAUCAACAGAGAUCCUCGUCACUGGACCGAUGCAGAUAAAUUCUAUCCUGAAAGGUUUUUAGAUUGCUCAAUUGACUACAAGGGAACAAACUUCCACUUCAUCCCAUUUGGCGCUGGGAGGAGGAUGUGCCCUGGAAUAUCAUUCGGCAUGUCUGUCGUGAAGUUGCUGCUUGCGAACUUGAUCUAUUGUUUUGACUGGAAGCUCCCAAACGAUGCGAACCCCGAGGAUCUGGACAUGACGGAAUAUUUUUCUGCAUCGGUUAGGAGAAAAUACAAUUUGUCCUUGAUCCCUAUUCCAUAUGAGGGGAUGAAGCAUUGA